AUGGAAAUGGGAGACACCUCCCUGGCUUGCUCCUGGCACCUUAUGGCUAAGCUCAAGCAAAACUCGGGAGCCCCCAAGCCUCCAGGCCUGGGCCUGCACCUGUUGGGGCCCCUGGCCAGGGGGCAGGCAGGGGACGGAUGUGGCCAUACGGUGCUGACGCCACGCAGCGGGACGCUGACCUCCAAGAACUACCCCGGCACCUAUCCCAACCACACAUCCUGCGAGUGGAGGAUCCAGGCAGCUGAGAGGAGCUCUCUCCUCCUGGCCUUCGGGGAUGUGGACAUCGAGUCCUCUGAACACUGCGCCUCCAGCUUCUUGCUGCUCUUGUCCCCUUCUGAUGGCAUCAGUUAUGGUCCAUACUGCAGGAAUUCAAGGCUGAUGCCAAAGGUUCUGGUGACAAACUCCACCUCGCUGACCAUCCUAUUCAACAGCACCACUCACCGCUCAGGGCGUGGCUUCCUGCUCUCCUAUGCCACCAGCCAGCACCCAGAUCUGAUUUCCUGUUUGGAUAAGGGCACCCAUUACAGCCAACAACAGAUCAGUGUUUACUGCCCUGCAGGCUGCAAGGGAAUAGCUGGUGAUAUCUGGGGCAACACCAACCAGGGCUACCGAGAUACCUCAGUUCUCUGCAAAGCAGCUGUCCAUGCUGGAGUGAUCCUGGAUGAGCUGGGAGGGCAGGUCACUCUAUCACGGCAGAAAGGGAUCACUCUCUAUGAAUCAGCCUUUGCCAAUGGACUCCACUCCAAGAGGGGAUCCCUGUCUGAAAAGCGCCUCGUUUUUCACAAAGCUUGUGAUGAUGCCCUGGAAGCAGCUGGCUUCAACGCCUCCUCUUCCUGGCAUGAGGUGACCGCCAUGGGGCAGUACAAGCUCUGGACGGCCGAGCGGGCGGCUCUCAGCACCAGUGGGUACUCCUGGGCUGCUGAUCCCAGCGCAGACACACAGUGGCUCGAGAUAGACCUGGGGGGAAGGAAGAACAUCACAGGAAUUAUAACCAAGGGAUCCACUGAUACAUACGACUACUAUGUGAAAUCCUACCGGGUUUUGUCCAGCAGAGAUGGAAAGAAUUGGAAAGCCUACAGAUCGGCCAGUGGGCAGGAGGACAAGGUCUUUGAGGGAAAUGCCAACAGCCACCAAGAAGUCUCCAACACGUUCAUCCCCCCAAUCCUGGCUCGCUAUGUACGCAUCAUGCCUGAGAGCUGGAACCAGAGGAUAGCCUUGAAGGUGGCACUGCUGGGAUGUCAGAUGGCACGAGUACGGGCCCUUCGGCCCUAUGUGCACAAUGCCCCGAAAGAGGUGCCCGUCCUGACCAGUGUCCCUGUGAAUUACACCCCGAUCCCUGGAGUUGCCAUGAACCCGGAGAAGGCAGGCUCCUUGUUACUGGUAAUGCUGCUUAUCGGGGGGUUUGUGCUGCUUUCCUCCAGCCUCUUGCUGCUGGCUUUUCUGUGCCGCAAAAAAAGGAAGACAACAGCAGAUCUGAACUGCGGCCUGAUGACAGGGUACCCAAAAUCAGAGUGCAGCCAAGUGUGUUCCCUGGGGAGCCUGCAGCCAUCCAGCUCGGAGCUGACUUCAUUCCCAAUGGCUGGGACCCCAGGGGACCUCACCAGGGCUCCUUCACCAGAAUAUGCUGAGCCCGAUGUGGUCCAGGUCAGCCCCAGCAGCCAGACAGCCCCGUCCACCUUCAAACCCGCUCUUGAUGAAGGCUACACGCUCCCACUGGUGAUGAACCACUACGACGUGCCGGGGAAGUACCACGAGUACGCAGAGCCCCUGCCACCGGAGCCUGAGUACGCCACACCCUUCAUGGAGCAGGGGGCUGAGGCUGGGGGCCCUGCUGCCAGGAAGAACGCCUGUGUCAUCAAAGUGGUCCCCAACACCCAAGGCUGGGUGGGGACCCUCACCUUGCCAGCGACCUCAAGUAUCCCUUCCCAGUACGACUCUCCCACUCAGCGGCCCGGUGAGACGCUGACGGAUGUGACAGCAGACCCCCACAAGGCCAGUGUCGUGUACACAGAACCCCAGCCUGGACGGACUCCCAGCCCGGGGGGAGACCUCCCCACUGCACCCCAUGCCUCCCCAGAGGGUCACUGCUUUCAGCUCAGAGACUCCCCCCUCACACACGUCUACCAUGAGCCGCUGUAAGGCUGCAGAGAGGGGACUCGCGUGGGACACGCCAGGUAGCUUGGGAAAGGGGGUCUGGCUGCACUGGGAAAGCAGCACCGGGUCUACGCAGGAUCCUUGGAGCAAAAGGACCUGGCCCAACCCAUCACCAGCAAAGGGAAUUUCAGUAGCCGUGAGAGCUACACGGUGGCACUGAACUGCACGAAGCCGCUCUAACUCUGUGACCGUUUUGUUUUGUUUGGGUUGUUUUCUGCCUCUAACAUAAUAGAUGCCUCAGAUGAUCUUCCCCUUCCAAGUAGGUCUUGAAAGGAUGGUGUCAAGAGAAAAAACAAUCAUAUUAAAUAUAUAUCUAUAUA